GAAGCGUUGUGUUGUAGGUCACAUCACAGAAUUUUAUGAAUGUACGUGAGUCAGAUGAACAGAAUGAAUGUAAGGCGAGAUAUAUCGAUUCAACUAGCGUGGCCCCACUGGCGCAGCGGUUGAGGUAAAACGCAGCCAUGCGGGAACAAAACUAUUGGCGCGUGUCGGCUGAGUGGGAGAGCGCUUGCGUUGGGUUGGACCAUGAGUGCAGAUGCAAACCAACAUGGCUGAAAGCCCGUAGCUAUAACUUCCUUUCUCCCAUCAUCACGGGGACCGAUUUUUUUAGCUGGGUCUCGGUUUUUCUGUCGUCGAUCUUCGAUCAAGUCUCAUUCAUCCAUAACGGCGCUGAUGAGAAGUAACCGUCGCUCUCCGGUCAAAGACAAGCAGACAUUUGGUCCCGGUUCUUAUAUUUAUUAUAAUAUGACAACAUCUCCACCACAUGGCGACAACAGCGAUAACAGCUUCCCCUCGAGCGAGACGCCUGAGGAAGGACCAGAAGUUGGUGCCAGUUUGUCAGGGGAAAGUGGCAGCCUGGCUACACCAGGCAAUGGCGACGACAGCUUGGAGGAAGAAAUGCCACUCAACUUCUCCUGGGUCAUUGUCGACCUCUUGUGUGCGUGUGGUCUCCCGGGAACCGUUGCCAACUUGCGUUACCUCAAGAACCAGGGGGUCACGUGUAUCGUGUCCUUGACCCCAGAGCACCAUUUACCGCAGCACGAUAUGGAAGGAUUGGAGGUGGUUCGUAUUGAGGUCGAGGACAUGACUCCUCCGACACUCUUCCAAGUGCAUCAGUUUAUCGAGAUAGUUGACAAGGCCAAGUAUGACAAAACGGGCGUUGCAGUUCAUUGCGCAGCAGGAAAGGGCAGGACGGGCACCAUGAUAGCUUGCUACUUCGUCCACCAUAUGCACAUUAGUGCUGAUGAAGCGCUUGACAAGAUACGAUCCCUGAGGGCUGGCUCCGUGGAGACCAUCAAGCAGGAAGAAUGCGUGCGAGUCUUCGAGAGAAGUUCGGGUGGACCAUGUUCCUCGACAUAUCCGGAGGAGAGUUCGAAAGUGCAACGAUAUUUACCUUCUUGAAAACACACACAUACACACAUAUCUAUAUAUAAAUUGAGUAAUUUGUUUAUCUAGUAAAGUAAGUACUGUGGACAACACACAGUGACCAACUCGAGGACCAACCAAUACAAACGAAGAGCAGUUUCGGGAUGCAUCGUUAACAUAUUGUGACCACACGUUGCCUUCCCCAUCAAAGUUCUAAUCCUGAUAUUUACCAGCUCAUGUUACUUUACUGAUAUGGCAUCUGUGAUAGUAUUUUCUGAUAGUUCAGGCAAAGUGCCUCCCAGUGAAAUAUUUAUAUCUGGGGCUCAGAAAAUUGUUUGAAGAAAAUCAAUCAAAGGGGACAAAGGACGACUGCUCUUUUAUACUCGAGAGCUGUUAUAUUACCCUAUACAAGUGCUUGAUAUAAAAAUGAUUAUUAAAUUUUUCUUUUGGUUACUGAA